AUGGCGCCCGGGCUGUCGCUUUACUCGGUCAAGGCCGUCAUGAUCCUGGCCGACGACGGCUCGCGGGUCUUUGCCAAGUACUACACGCCGCCCCACCAGCCAGCGACGGGGGCGCCCGGGUCGACGACAAACCCAUUUGCGGACGUCAAGGCGCAGAAGACGUUUGAAAAGGGGCUCCUGGAGAAGACGGCCAAGCAGAACUCGGACAUCUUGCUGUACGACAACCACAUUGUGCUGUACAAGGCCGAGUCGGACGUGACCAUGUAUGUGGUCGGAAGCCCCGACGAGAACGAGGUGCUGCUCUACAACGUGGUCCUGACGAUCCGCGACUCGCUGCACCUGCUUCUCAAGCAGUCGAUCGACAAGCGCACGCUUGUGGAGUGCUACGACAUCCUGGCACUGGCGAUGGACGAGAUCAUCGACGACGGCGUCAUCCUCGAGACGGAUCCCAGCAUUGUGGUCACGCGCGUCAGCAAGGCACCUACACAGGACGUCAACAUUGGCCGCAUCGACCCCUUCAGCGAGCAGGGCGUUAACCAGCUGGCACAGAUGGGCCGGAACAAGAUUUCAGACUGGCUGCGGCAGGGUCUGUAG